AGUCCCUCCCAUCUCGGUCAACUGAAGAGAACUCGCAUCAUGGCUUCUCAGGCGGCGCUGCUGUGCGUGUGUGCGGUGGUGGGCGUGGCCAGCGCGGGCUUCCUCGGCUCCCCGGCCGUCUCCUACUCGGCGGCUCCGGCUGUCCACGCGGCCCCAGCGCUUCCAGGAGCGCUGGCGGCGGCCAGGGCUGACGCGGACUACGACCCGAACCCGCAGUACAGCUUCAGCUACAGCGUGAGCGACGCGCUGACGGGCGACGCCAAGCAGCAGCAGGAGAGCCGCAGCGGCGACGCCGUGCAGGGCAGCUACAGCGUCGUCGAGCCGGACGGCGCCGUCCGCACCGUGCAGUACUCGGCCGCGCCGGGCGCCGGCUUCAACGCCGUCGUCUCCCGCUCCGGCGGCGCACCACCGCCUCCCGCGCCCGCCAGGGUCGCUGUACCCGCGCCCCUACCCGGUCGCCGGCGUCUUAGGAAGGUCAAAACGGCCUCAUGUCGCGCAUUUGUCUUACAUCCGCCGUGGUUGUGGUGUUGCAGGCCGCCUGGUGCCGCUGGCCGCCGCCCUGCCGCGGUUGGCGCCUCUGCCGCCCCCCGCCGCCCCCGCGGUCGUCAUCGCCAAGGCUCCCGCACUGUUCGCCGCCCCCGCAGUAGUCGCUGCCCCCGCCAAGGCCGCCCCACCGCCCCCAGCCGCGCUGUAUGGCGCGCCACUCAAGAGCUCGCACACCGCCGUCACCACGUCACACGCCAGCUACCAGUACUGAGGAGCACCGUCCCGUCUUGUCUGUAAAUACAUCGUAGCAGCCGUUAAGCUGUAACAUAUUGUGCAAACUAUUUAAAAGCUCAAAUAAAAACACGGAAUUUCCUUUGAAUA